AUGUCGUCAGAACCAGUUCACAGGAUCUUACGAGUGCUUUUGCUUUGGACGUUCAUCCUAGCCUGCUUCAUGCCUUUCUUUUUGAUUUAUUUGAAAUCGUCCGCUGGCUGGAAAUCAGGUCCUGUGCAGUACAUCGCUACCGGCGAGCACGUCAAGGACACCGUGACCAAAAGUGACCGCAACGUGACCACGGUCCUCGUCUGGUUCUGGACUUUCAAAAACAGGUACAACCUGAACGUAUGCGCCUCGAAGUUCAACAUUGAUGGGUGCUUCAUCACAACAAAUCGGAAACUCUACAAAACGUCGGACAGCGUCAUUAUCCACCACCGUCACAUUCACUCCGACUUGUCCAACCUGCCGCUACGCCAGCGCCUGUCCUUCCAGAAGUGGAUCUGGAUGAAUAUAGAGUCGCCGACGCACUCUCCCAAGCUGACCGGCAUCGAGAACCUCUUCAACCUGACGCUCAACUACCGCCGCGACGCCGACGUCCCAGUGCCUUAUGGCUCUGUGGUUUCCGCCAAGGGUGAGGACAACUUUGUCCUGCCCAGCAAGAACAAGCUGCUCUGCUGGAUCGUGAGCGACUGGAAACAGAACUACACACGCGUCAAGUACUACGAUGAGCUGCAAAAGCACAUCAAAGUGCAUACGUAUGGCAGGAGCUUCAAGAAGUCCAUCUCGCAGCACGACUAUGUCUCCAUCCUCACCAGCUGCAAGUUCUACCUGGCAUUUGAGAAUUCCAUCCACAAGGACUACAUCACUGAAAAGUUCUACAACCCGCUGAGAGUGGGCACCGUGCCCGUGGUGCUGGGCCCGUCACGGAACAAUUAUGAGAACUUCAUCCAGGGGGAUGCCUUCAUCCACGUGGACGACUUUGCGUCCCCUAAGGAGCUCGCCGACUACCUGCUGCGACUGGACAAGGACGCGGAGAUGUAUCUCAGAUAUUUUGAGUGGCGGCGGCACUUUCAGGUGAAGACGCCGCAGUUCUGGACGGAGCACAUAUGCCUGGCCUGCGACUACCUGCGCAGGCACAGGGAGUCCCAGGUGGUCCAGAACCUGGACGAGUGGUACUGGGGCUGA